CCAAGCUUCAACAUGGCGGACGAAAUGGCUGGAAAUUGAUGGGAAAAGUUUGCGCUGUAAUUUAAAAUGUAUGGUGGUCCUCGUAACCCAAAUUCGUCGCCAUUUCAAGGCCGUUCGAGACCUCUUCCUCAAAAUUUCCGACCACGGUUUGAAAACCCAGGAUUUCCACCACAACCACAUCCUAACGCUUAUUGGGACUUCCGUCCAAGACAACCUUAUCCUCCUUCAACACAUUUGCAGAGGCCUUUUGGCAUGAUAACUCAUCCGCAGGAGCCAGGGGGAACAUUCCAGCCCAGGGAAUGGCAAAUGUCUGUGCCAAGACGAGGUUUUCCACCCGCUGGAAAUCACGAUCAACAGAGAACUAGGGUAUGAAAUUAUUCUCCUUUUUUGCAUGGUUAUGACUUUUUAAAGUUAUUUACGAGCCUAUAUUACAGAAAACAAAGGCAAGUUUGCAUCUUUUUAAAUCAAGCGUUACCAAGUCUUUGUUCUUUCCCAGAAACUUACACUGAUCAGCCUUGUCUAUAUUCAAAAAGGGUAGAGGAGGCCACAGGAGAAAUCAAGAUUCAUCAGGAAUUGAGGCUUACUACAGGCAUUCAAUGGUCGAAGAUCCUUGGAAAGAGCUAGAAGAACAGUACAUAAGAAAAAAUCAACAAGCCUAAUAUUAUUUUAGAAAAUAAUUUUGUCCAAAGUGUUUGUACUUUAUGACAGAAAAUGUACAGAGAGAUGACACACUAUUUAGCUGUAAAUAAGCUGGUUUUAUGGCAGAAGAAGUUCAUUUCCUUGAUUCUAAAAUAUCAGCUGUUUUCUCCCCCAAACCUGUAUUGCCUUAAGUUAGGAGGAAGAGAUGGUUGGUACUUCAGUGUAGAUUAAAUUUUGAUAAACUUUGAUAAACUUGUUAAGUGACAGUGUUCACUCUAGAGUUUGGCAUUGCGGUAUAUUCAUGAUUAAGAAAAAGUGCAGCCUAAAAUUAAUGUAAGAGGGGCAUGGGGGUGUAGAAAUAAUCUAAAAGUUGGAUGUUAAAUAACUGUUCAGGACUUGUACAGGUCAUGGAAAACCUGGAAAGUCAUGGAAUUUAAGCAUUUCAUUUUCCUUGCCUGGGAAGUCAUGGAAUUUAAUAGUUGGUCCUUGAAAGUCAUGGAAAAUUAAAGUUUUGUUUGAUAGAUUAGUUACUGCAGAUGAAAAGGCAUAAAGAGGAGUUUUUAAGCAGCCCAAAUGGAACACAUUUUGAGGAACACCAGAGUUUGUGUUUGUUGAACUGUUUAAAGUCCAAAAAUACCCUAAAACAAGAAAAGUUUUCAAAAUUUUUCAAAGUGACAGCUAAACCUAAGGUCUUGGGAAACUUAAAAAGUCCUGGAAAGUCAUGGAAUUUGGAGAGCUCAAAAGAGUACAAACCCUGCUGUUGGUAAUUAUGGAGACUUAAGUGAGACACCAGGAGAGUUCUAUCUAGUUGUGAAAGAAUAAUUGCGAAAUGUUCUGGAACUCAACACUAAAAGGCAAUUUUAAAUAUAUUAUGUCAUAACUUACUAGCUACUUGAGUUGAAAAUAACAUUGGUGCUGUUUGCUCAGUGCACUGCAUUUCCUUCCUUACACUAACAUCUUAGUUUUUAAAAGUGCUGUCAAAUCGCUAACCCUCCUU